UGGGGAAGGGGAUGGAGUUCAGAUUCUUCAGUUAACUGUCACCUUGUCUCCUCCCCCCUCACCACACACACCAGCUAAGACAGGGAAGCUCCUUGAAGCUCCGUCAGAGACCCAAGGCCAUCAGAUGACAGACAUUACUGUGCCCUUGACCCCAUGGACCCGCUGAGGCAGUCCCCCUCCCCCUGCUCAUCAAGACCCUCCAGCCCCAAGACCCCACCCUGCGAGAUGCAUGGUUAUGUGGGUAUUGAGGACGUGCUGGACCAACUGAAGAUCAAGGCCAUGAAGAUGGGGUUUGAGUUCAACAUCAUGGUGGUGGGGCAGAGCGGGCUGGGCAAGUCCACAAUGGUGAGCACCCUUUUCAAGUCCAAGGUGUGGAAGUGCACCCUGCCGGGCCUGGGGAUGCCCAUACCCCAGACGCUGCAGCUGAAGUCAGUGACCCAUGUCAUCGAGGAGAAAGGUGUGAAGCUCAAGCUGACAGUGACUGACACGCCUGGCUUUGGAGACCAGAUCAACAAUGACAAAUGCUGGGACCCCAUCCUAGGCUACAUCAAUGAACAGUACGAGCGGUACCUGCAGGAGGAGAUCCUCAUCACCCGCCAGCGCCACAUCCCCGACACGCGGGUGCACUGCUGUGUGUACUUCGUGCCGCCUACUGGGCACUGCCUGCGGCCUCUGGACAUUGAGUUACUACAGCGGUUGUGCCGGACCGUGAACGUGGUGCCUGUGAUUGCCCGGGCCGACAGCCUGACCCUUGAGGAGCGAGAGGCCUUCAGGCGCAGGAUCCAGCACAACCUGAGGACUCACUGCAUCGAGGUGUACCCACAGAAAUGCUUUGACGAGGAUAUCAAUGACAGGAUCCUCAACAGCAAGAUUCGGCUUGGGGAAAGUUCACAUACUUCUGGCAGGUAUGAAUCUCCAUACAUACGUAAACUCAAACAUCAACAACCUACAGAAAUGGGAGGGAAAAAAGGCUUGCAAAUGGUUUAUCUGAUAUGGGACUUGUAUCCUGAACAUAAUAAAGAACGCUUACAAAUUUAGAAAUGGGCAAAGGUUUUGAACGACAUUCCCUGAAAGAAUUUGGACAAGAGGCCAAUGAGCCCACGAAAAGAUGUUGGUCCGACAUCACCAGUCAUCAGGGAAACGCAAAGCAAAACCGCGAGGUACUGCUUCAUACCCACUAGGGUGGCUGUUUGCAAAAUGACAGACAAUCCCAAGUGUUGGUGAGGAUGUGGAGAAGUUGAACGUGCAGGCGGACGCUGCUGACGGGAAUGUCAAACGGUGCUCCCACUUUGGAAAAUAGUCUAGCAGUUCCUCAAAAGGUUAAACGCUGAGUUACCAUGGUACCCAGCAGCAAGCCCACUCCCAAGAGAAAUGAAAACCUAUGUUCACAUAAAAACGUGUACACAGAUGUUCAUGGCAGAAAUAUGUGUAAUAGCCAAGGAGUGGAAAUAAGCCAAAUGUCUAUUCACUUAUGAAUGAGUAAAUAAAUACACGUGGUCUGUCUACACA